UACACCCCCACAUGUGCCUAUCACACUCUUCCUCUCUAAUUUCUCCAUAAAUAGAUAGAUACCCCCUCCCCCAUCAAACUCACACCACCACCACUACCAGCCAGUACCACCUCCAUUUUCUUCUUCUUCUUCUUCAAACUACUCUCUCUCUCUCUCUCUCUCUCUCUCUCUUCAGUUCCUUAUUCCUUCUUAAAGUCGUAAAUACAUUCACCGAAAAUGGCCAUUAGAAAAUCAAGCAAACUUCCACAAGCUCCAAUCCUGAAGCAAAUUCUGAAACGCUGCUCCAGCUUAGGGAAGAAGCAGGGGUACGACGGCGACGGAGACGGCCUCCCCAUGGACGUCCCGAAAGGCCACUUCCCAGUCUACGUGGGAGAGAACCGAAGGCGAUACGUGGUCCCCAUCUCCUUCUUGAGUCACCCGGAGUUCCAGUUCCUCCUCCAACGCGCCGAAGAAGAGUUCGGCUUCCACCACGAUAUGGGCCUCACUAUUCCCUGCGAAGAAGUGGUUUUCCGCUCCCUAACCUCCAUGCUCCGGUAGCUGCUAUUUUAUUUUAUUUAUUUAAUUAAUCCAUCCAUCCAUCCCCAAGGAAGCAAGAUGGGUAAAGAUAAAGAAAUUAGGAGUUCUACAGUUUUGCUGUUGCAGCCGCCGCUGUUGCUGCUGCUGCUCCUCUCCUUGUCUUUUUUUUCUAACGUCUUUCUUCUUUAAUUUUUCAACCCUUUUUGGGUCUACCUUUUUCUGGUUCAUGACUCUGAUCCACACCCACGAGAAUUUUGUGGGGUUCCAUCUGUAUAGCUAGGGUUUUUGUAUUUUGGUCACGGAGGUGUGCAUUUACUUACACCCGCUAUUACUACUCUCAAACUUCUUGUUAAGCAUGGCUCAUGUUGCCCCC